GCGAUUUGUUUGUAAACAACACAAGUUUUACGCGAAGUCGCUCAAAAAGCGAGCAACCUCCCCCUACGAAAUGGAUAAAACAUGAAGUCAAGCAAUAAAAACGCACAUAAAAAUGUGUGCGCUAGCGGUUGGACUUUUAAAGGAAUUCGCAAGAAACAGGUUGAUUGCAGAUAAUGACCUCAAAGUCGGAUACAUUACAUCGGAGACUGCCAGUGAAUAGGCAGUGUCGAUCAUGUGAGUCACGUACAAUAAUACGCCAGUCAGCAGGGCUUUGAGUAUGCCGCCAGUUCCCGUCGACUCUUAACCGCUUGUGGAAGCAGGAUGUGUGCAGCGGGUUCGCGCAUCGAUUGGUUCGUGGUUGCAGACGAUGAUGGUUGUGAUAUGUUGCCACUGAUUGCGGGAGACGAUAGUAGUGUUAUCGCUAAGGAGGUCACCUUUGAAGCUAGUGAGUUUUUGCCGCCCGCAUUCGAGGAGCUGCCCUUCGGUGCAACGGUGGACUUUGUGCUGUACGGUGAUCAUCAGCUGUUUACGGAGAUCGACGGAGCAACGGCGGCUGAGUCGAAGCUCAAGACAGUGUCCCAGGCGGAUGAGGAUGUGGUGCCAAUUCCAACCCUUUUAUUGUGUGAUAUUUGCCAGCUGCGAUUUAAAUGUAAAUCGCAUCUAAAACGGCACCAAUUACUGUUUCAUGAAGAUGAACCGGGCAACCCUAAGAAGGAUGGUGCUUCUCAAAUUCAUUGUCGUCAGUGUGAUGUUAGUUUAGCAUCGGUCAAGCAGUUAAAGAUUCAUCUUUCAAAACAACAUCCACAGCGCUUGGUAUGCGAUCUAUGUCUGACGGCAUUUCAGCAUGAGGCUUCCCUCGUAUGGCACCGGAACUAUCAUCUUUCGAAGGGGAACGGAAGCGGAAAACACGUCUGUGACGUCUGCCGGAAACAGUGUGCCAGCUCAAGCCAUCUGCAUCUCCACCGGAAAAUCCAUCUCGAGCAGAAACCGUACCCAUGCACCUUCGGUUGUGAUCGAAGCUUCUCAUCGUCCGGCAACCGGCAGAAGCAUAUUGCACGAAUGCACACGCGUGAGCAGAAGUAUCGCUGCACACACUGUAACGAAUCGUUUAUCUACGCCCGCCAGCUACAGCUUCACCGAGAGCGGAAACAUGCUGAACUUAGCCGAUUCUCGAAAGGAUUUCUCGUGUGCACCAGAUGCAAGGAACCGUUCGAUACCGAGCAAUCAUUCCAGCAGCAUGUUACGAACUUUGAUUGCCCGGAGCAUCGUCCAUUCGAGUGUGUAUUCUGCUCCAGCCGCUUUAAACAGGCUACCCACCUGCGAAAUCAUCUUCUAACCCACGAGAAGGAUGCACGGGCUUACGGUUGUGAAUUUUGCCCCAAACGAUUCGCGUUGGCUGGAGAUCUGAAGGUGCAUCGACGCACUCACACGAAGGAGAAACCGUUCCGCUGUAAUCUUUGUCCGGCCGGCUUCACGAUGGGCAAACAGCUGAACAAACAUCGCUUUAAAGUUCAUCAGAUCGAAAAUGAGAAGAUGCACAGGAAAUGAGCCAACUGCUCAAGACAAUAAUCCUCAUUAUAACGAGUUAAAUAUUUAGCACAAAGAACGGGGAAUCUAGAGGAUAUGAGCUAGAAUAUAAUAACUUUAGACAAUGUUUUUCUUGAGGGUUUUGAAAAAAUACGUCUCCUGAAUCCUGAAUCAGGUCAUAUACAAAAAAAAAGGUAGAAAAGGAGAAAAGCCAUAUGUCAAUUGGAAACAAAGUAAAAUGACAAUAAUAAGUAUAAUAUAAUGCAAUAAUGGAUUGAAAACCCAGGCAAACCGUGAUAGAGCCGGAGCGGGGACCAGUUGAAUGAGAGCAGCUCGGGAUGGUAGAGGAUGUCUGGUACCUUGGUACGAUCGUAACUUCGGAUAACAAGUUAUAUGGGCAAACGUAUCCGGCUAUACGCUCCCCAAACUCCAUCAGAUCAGAUCUCGGAUGAAGGUUUCAGGUAGUCCAUGGAUAAGAUCCCAAGUCCCUGAGUGAGAGAGCCAACGCUCUAGCCAUUUCCGAGUGUCGUAAGCCUCAAUUAGGAGUCUAGCAAGGGUAUGUGGCGAUGCAGAUAAUCUGCCGUUGAGCAAAGCAAAGGGACACGAAGCAAAGUAAUAGUAAGCUCGCUAGAGCUAGAUCAAUCCUGUCGAACAGCAGUUGCAACCAGCUUUGUAGGAACUUCCUCGUUGGCAUUUAACAACCUCGAAUGGUCUCGGCCAGCCAUUCCUGGCUUACCGUGAGUUGGAUUUUACCGGCAGCAAAGUAUUCAGCCUUAUGUAUGGGGAAGGCUUGGCUUGGCUGGAUGGAAUUUGAACCCCGGUCUUUCCGUGUGAAUAUCGGCGUUGCUAUCGCCUCGGUCACCGGACCGCCCCGUUAUCUGUAGGAAUACGUCGCUAGAAAUAUUUUCAAAGCAAUUUCAAUGAUGAAGAUGAUCAAAACAAACCCGCACAAGGAUAGCUGUAAAGACAAACGUCAUCAUAUUUAAAUUGUACACCGGUUCUAAAUUCGAAAGAUUGCCAACUGAGCAAGACUCACCGGCACCACGUGCUGGCUCUUGCAGGGCUCAUCUAUAUAUAGCCUGCUCUCGUGACAGUCUAGCCGGCAGAGGAAACCGAUUUAAACGUUCCACCUGGCAAUAAAGUGACAAUGUUGCUACCGAU